CACGAAAGCGGCCAUUUUGGAGAUUGUUUCACCACAAAAAAAAGUUAUGCAUCAAAAUUAACAAAGUUUACAUAAAAAAGUCAAUCAAAAUUUGAUUAUAUAUUGAAAAGUGCUGAAUUCAUAACAAUUAUAAUGUUAGGCACUAGCAGGACGAGCAAACGGAAUCAAUAACAACGACAAUUGCCAUCAAGAGCAGCCGGAGCAGCAGCAGCCAGCUCUAUCUCAACCAACUUCGCCACCUGCUCCUGCUCCUGCACACCUGCAGCAUCAUCCCAUCAUCAUUAAUCCCACCACGUACAACACAUGGAUCCCAACUCUAGCCCCUGGUCGUAUGCCUAUAAUCGCAUUGUGCCCGGCUCGGCGGCAAGUACAAGUGGCACGGCCGAAGAUUUCCAGCAUCCACAUUUGGCCACCAUUACGGCAGCGAGCAUAGCAAGUUUUAAUGCGGCGGCGGCAAGUGGCGGGAGUUUUGUGCCGCCCUCACCAAUUGGCAGCUAUAAUCCAGUAUUCCAGCAGAUCUAUCAUCAUGCAGCCGCCGCCAGUGUCCAACCGAAGCCGGCGCAUUAUGCCUCAACGGCAGUGAAUACACCACAUCGCCAGUUGCAGUUACCCAGUUCGUUGGACAAACAAUUGAGCACAUUUCAAAAUCAAGCGGCCGUCUCAGCUGCUGCCGCGGCGGCUGUUGUCAAUAAUGUGGCAUCGAAUUAUUAUGGCGAGAAUUCAUCAUCGAGCGGGGCAUCGCCAUCGCCGACAACGGUGGCUCUGACAUCAACAUCGUUAUCAUGGAAUGCUCCCAAUAUGAUAUCAAACACAUUUUUGGCCAUGCAACAGCAGCAGCAACAGGCGCAACAACAGCAGCAGCAACAACAGCAGCAACAGGCUCAACAGCAGCAACAACAGGCUGCACAGCAGCAGCAACAACAACAACAUCAGGCAGCAGCUGCUGCAGCUGCAGCGGCGGCGGCACAACAACAACAGCAACUUAAUCUAGUUGCAGACAAAGUGGUGAUCAAACAAGAAAAUAUGCAGCAAACCAAGGCGCACAUCAAAGCCUACAACGAUUUAAUAUACUUGACCCAAUUGCAACAACAACAACAACAGCAGCAGCAACAACAACAACAACAGCAGCAGCAACAACAACAACUUCAGCAAGAUAUUGACGAUGGAGCAACAGAUACUUAUUACACCAUUGAUGGUCAAAAAUUGAAGCUAACACGCAAAGAUGCUGAGGCUGUUGCCGCCGCUGCCACCUCGUAUCCGGUCCAAUAUGCUAGUCCAGCUCUUAGUUCAGCAGAUGGAUCACCCAUAACGAAUUUACAUGCCGUUGAUGUGGUUAGCACUCCGCAGCAGGUGAUUGUCUAUAAGACAGGAUCAUCAUCAUCGCCCACUGUGCAACGGCGCACAGUGGUUAAUGUGGCAGGCGGUGGCGGUGCAGGAGGAUCGGCUGGAGGUGCAGCAGGCGCUGGUACGUCUGUUACACCACCAAUACCAGGUGGGGGAGUAUCAGCAGCGGGAGCCGGAUCAGUAGUAGUAGCAGCAGCAGCAGCACCCACCACGGUGGCCUAUUCAUCUGUGAUACAAAGUACGCUGCAGCAGCAACAUCAACAGCAGCAGCAACAACAACAGAACAACUGCUGGACUAAACUAGAUCAUCAGGGUCAAGAAGAGGAUAUUAAAAAUGUGUUGCAGCUGCAAGUUGUGAAACAAGAGCAACGUCAACUCGAAUAUCCAAGCGGUGGAGGCGGCAAUGGCGAGGCAAUUGUUGAAACGUCUGGCAGCGAAAAUUUGGUGUUCAAUUUACCUCCUGGCUUGGAGAUAAAACAAACAUUCUAUCAGGCCACUGGAGGCGUCGACAAUGGAGGAGUCGGAGUCGUCGUUGAAGAGCAUCUAGAUGGUCAGGGACAGGCUGGGCGACGCCAGCAUGUGGUAGCCAACAUGUUAAUUUCGCCAUUAACUUCCUUGGCAUCGGCGGCGUCACAGAUUCAAAUUGUGCCAAAGGAGGAGGUCAAACCACCGCCAAAGCCUGCCAAGACGCCGCGGAAACGUCAGCCGAAGAAAACGUUAAUAGCCAGCAGCAGCGAUUAUGGCACAGUGCGUAGUCCCCAGGAGCCGCAGCAUCAUCAACUCCAGCAGCAGCAGCAGCAGCAACAACAGCAGCAGCAACAGCAACAACACAAUCAACAGCAGCAACAGCAAAAUACGUACUACGAUUUCAAUAGCAAAUGGAAUACACCACUUAAAACGGAAAGCAAUGCGGCGUCUGUAUCACCAGCGGCCACCAUAAAUAUACCCACAUAUCCGCAGCAGAAUCAACAACAACAACACCAGCAGCAGCAGCAACAACAACAGCAGCAACAACAACAGCAACAACAUUUGCCACAACCAGCGCAUUUGCAAUCAUCGCAGGCCCAGUCGCAUCUUACCCAGUUGGCGCAAUAUUAUCCAGCAUUUCCACAGCCAAUUGCCUCCCAGUACACGGCGUGUAUGCAGCAGCAACAGCAGCAGCAGCAGCAACAACAGCAACAGCAGCAGGCGUAUACACAACAGCAAGCUGCUUAUGUGCCACAGCAGCAGCAGCAGCAACAACAACAACAACAGGUGCAACAUCAGCAGCAACAGUCGCAACAGCAGCAGCAGCAACAACAACAGCAGCAACAAGACAAAGCCGAAGAGGAUGAGGCGGCAGCAGCGGCGGCAGCUGCUGCCGCUGAUAAGGUGAUUGUGCCAAAUAUUGAAGAGGAGCUGGAUUUUCUGGCCAACGCAUCGAGUGCUUCAAAACAGGGAUAUGCCAAUUCAUUGGCCAGCAAUGGCCGCGGCACCAACUCCUCCACAAAUAAUACCAAUUUUGGCAUACGAAAUCCCAAUAAGACGCCAUCGCCAGAGCCACCGACGCCUGCACCGUGUCCACCACAAAAUGGUCAUGGUCAUGGUAUAAAUGCUGCAUCAGCAUCCACCCAACCCAGUCCGGCAGCUCCCAAACCAGUGAGUGUGGGUACUUCCAUUGGUGAGAAGAAGACACAGUUUAUGGACAGUUACUUGAAAUUCUUGCAAGGCGAACGGGAUGAUGAUCCGCCGCCAGUGGUGAAGCCAUCGCGUAAGGUGACAUAUCCGCGAGCACCGUACAAACGUAAAGGCAAAAAUAAUGCAGCAGGAACAGGAGACGAGGCAUCCACAUCGCAACAGCAGCAGCAGCAGCAACAGGGAGCAGGAUCAGUUGGCGGCGUCUCAGCAGCAGCAGCGGCGGCGGCAGCAGCAGUAGCGGCAGCUGGUGGCGGUGGUGUGGCUGGUGGUGGUGGUGGUGGCGUUGGUGACAACAAUCAGGCGUCUGUUGAUGGUUUGGGCCAUGGCCUGGUGGUGGGCGAUGAUGGACAUCGCAUUAAAAUACUCUCACAAACUCAAAUACUGCCUAAAAAGAGGCCGCAUGCCCAAAUGGUCGCUGCAGCGGCGGCAGCCGAGGCGACGCCAUCUUCGGUCAUACAGCAACCACCCGCCGAGUCAUCCUCCUUCCGGCCAUAUGCUCAGCAGCAGCAACCGCAGCAGAUGGGCGCUCAACAUUUUGUGCAGCAGCAACAGCAUUGCGCUCAAUUGGGCGGUCAAGACCCACUCAAUAUACCGCCACGUCGGGAGCAAUGCUCACGCAAGGCCAAGCAGAGCAGUAUGCACGCUUUGCUCUUGAACUCGACCAGUGGGGAGGGCAAUGCCGUCGGUGAGCCGGACGAGUUUACCGAUUCGGAUACGGAUCCAGUUUGGACACCGCAAGAAGAAGAUAGCGACGAUGCUGGCAAGGGCUAUGGAAAACGCAAGGCAGCGCGUCGCACUAAGGGUACACCACGAAAGAACAUAUAUGAUCCGUCACAGUUGCAACAACAACAACAACAGCAUCAGCACCAUUCACAGUUGCAGCAAUUGCAGGCAUCCCAGCAGCAACAGCAACAACAGCAGCAGCAGCAACAACAACAACAAGUCCAACAACUUCAGACAGCCGGCGAUGGUUACAAUCCGCAACAGGAUCUAUCUGGCGUGUCUGAUGUGGGCUACGCUAGUGCCUCAACCGGAAACUCAGGCUCAACGGAAAACUUUAAAACGGGUGAUUUUAUAGUUUUACGCUCGGAUUUGGUUAACGAUUGGCCCACCAUUUGGCAGGUGGACUCAAAGUGUAUAUUGCAAAAGUACGAACCUUUUCGACAGAAUGGCAAAACUUUCUAUCGGAACAUGUCAAAGUACGCCUCUUGGAAUCUCGAAACAAAAAAACUCUACCUCAAAGCCCCGGUCCGCAUACAAUUGCAUUCUCAUACCGAGACAAUUGUUGAAUUUAUGCGUUCCGAAUUGCUGGCCGAUGAUACGGAACAGUUUAUUGAAAAAAUAAUGGAAGAUUAUUUAUCGUACAGGGAUAAUUUUGAGAUCUAUAUACAAACGAUGAUCUCACAAGCUCUGGAUCCCAGUUUCUUUUCCGAAAUAACCCGUGAGAAGGAUGAUUACUUUUUAAGCAGUGUACGCGUUGUGGAUACCAUAAUGGAGAAUUGUAAACGUAAACUCUUGGCCAUUACACCAUGGACUCGUAGCACUAUAUCCUCAAUCGAAACAUGGCCCAAAUGUCAUGUAUUCUCUGAAUGGGAGCAAAAUAAUCUGACACAAAAGAAUUGUGCCGGUUGCCAUCAGCCGGGUAUUGCUGUACGCUUUCUGCUAUUCGGAGAGCCCUACAAUCCCAAUACCAUGCAAACGAUACCCGUCGAUCCACGCAUUGUCUACGAGAAGGACAUUGUUCUCUGUCGCAUAUGUGCUGCCCGGGCGGACCUCUUCCAUAAGAUUGCACAUGAGAAGUACAACCUAUUUAUAAAUUGUUCGCAGCGCGUUACCGAACAGCAGCAACAGUUUCCUGGCAAAACCUCAACCGAAAUACUAAAUGACCUGCUGGCGGAACACAAUUGGAUCGAUGAGCUCUUCCGGAAUAUGCGCAACUGUUGGGCCGAGGUGGAAAGCUUGGAGCGACAGAAACGCUUCCGGGAAGUCAUGCAGUAGUAGUAAUAGUAGAGUCAUCAAUCAUUUAUACUAUAUAUGGCUAGUGCUGGACAUUAGGACAAAGCCCAAGCAAUUGCGUAUAUAUACAUAUAUAUAUCUAUAUAUAUUCUUGAUGCUGCAAUAAACUCAAUGAGUUGUUAUUAAAUUUUUUGACAUAUACAUAUAAUAUAUAUAUGAUGCAUACAUAUAUUUACAUAUAAACAUUGAGAAACAUGUUUCGUAUGUAAGUUAUGUUUUUAGUUUGUAGACGGGAUUCGCGUUCAAAAUAAAAACCAACGCAUUAUUUAUAAGUUUAAAUUAGUCCCUCUUAUUAUAAGGUUAGGUUAUGCUCUGUAAAUAUAUAGCCCAACUUUAGCUAAUCAGCUAUCGGCCACAAAUUGAAUAUGAAACACACAUAGAACAACAAUCUAUGAGAAAUUCAA